AUGCUCGCUGUCAGCCCAAAGAUAGUUGCCGAUAUAAAUCUGCUGGCGGGUUACCUGAGUUACCCACAGCUCCAGCUCGAAGAUCUAUCAUCAAUUUCCCCAGCCGACAGCAUCAUUAUCUGUGCCUCCAUGAUCCUUCAUCAGGCGGAGUCUCUUUUCCAUGCCCUUCAAGAAAACCCAUCCCUCACGAAAACCUUGGUCCUAUGUGGCGGCAUCGGCCAUUCGACUCAAUAUAUAUAUGAAGCAGUGGCCCAACACAGCCGCUUUUCCUCCAUUAGCAACGACAUCCAACAUCUGCCCGAGGCCUGGGUCCUAGAGCGUAUUCUAGAUACCUUCUUUGAUCGAGCUGUCAUUACAAGUCAAGGGUGUCGCAUCCUGAUCGAGGACCGGUCCACCAAUUGUGGGGAAAAUGCCCUAUUUAGUCGGAAAGUGCUGGACGAUGCGGGAUUGCAUAAUCUCCACAGGUGUGUUCUUAUUCAGGACCCCACGAUGAUGCGGCGGACCGUGGCGUCGUUCCAGAAAGCCUACGAAGAGCGGACAGAGAUGCCUUUGUUUUUAAGUUGUCCGCUCCUUGUUCCGCAGGUGGAGGGGUCAAAGGAACCAGGAGGAAACCUGCGCUAUGCGAUGUCGGAAGUGAGGUUAUGGCCGCUUGAACGGUUUAUAUCCCUAACUCUGGGAGAAAUCCCGAGACUGAGAGAUGAUGAAGAUGGGUAUGGGCCGAGGGGACGGAACUUUAUCUCUCAUGUAAAGGUUCCGGUGGAUAUCGAGGCAGCCUGGACGCGACUGCGUGCCUCCUUCAAUACACGUAGGUGA